GCGCUUGACGCGCAUUACGGAGCGCAGCCGUGGACACGGACAGACCUGGCGUAUGGUUUAACUCAGCUCCGGGCUCGGCGGAUUACAGCUGCAAGAACCCGGGGAUACUUUUUUUCAGGGGAGAGACACAUGACAUAUACUUUUAAAAAUCUUUCUGUGUUUUUUUAUUUAUUAAGAAAAAACGCCUAAGGAAUUCAAAGGUGUUGCAUUCGCAAACUGGCAAGAUAUCCACAGUCACAGCCAGCAGGGUAAGUUGACGCCAUCAUGGACGCUUUGAGGACAUACCUGGCUGUUCAGAUUGUCCUGAUCGGGAUGCUUUCAGGUUUCCAAACGGUAGUUUCCAUUCCUCCAACUAUCGUUACGAACCAGGAUGAGUUUGUGCUGCCGCUGCGCUCUCAGUUUAAUAUCAGCUGCACCGGGAAGAGAGCCGUGGCGUGGUCCGGGCCGCGGCCACACAGGGUCCUCAGCGAGCCGGGCUUUUACACGGCGACGCUCUUCAUCCAGAACGCGACUGCGGAAAACACCGGGUACUUCACCUGCAAUUACACCACACCCGGAGGCCACGCGUGGGAAGAGGAAUCUGAUAUAUACAUAUUUGUUCCAGAUCCUCAGGUGCCCUUCAUACCCGAGGCCCCUCGUGACAGCCACGUGUUGAGUGACGAGACCGGCACCGUCAUCCCGUGUCGCGUGACAGACCCGGCGUCGCACGUGGUCCUGCGGAACGCUGGCUCUGGGGCCGAGGUGCCCGGCCUGUACGACAGCAAGCUGGGCUUCAUCGGGGACUUCCCCCCCGGAGCAUACGUGUGCGAGACCAGCGCCAGCGGUGUGAGAACAUACAGCAUCACCUACACCGUGGGACAGAGCCCAGAGAGCGCUGACCUCCUCGUGGAGCUGCGGGCCAGUCGUGUGUCCCUCAGGGUGGGCGAGCCCUUCCACCUCACGUGUGCCGCGCCGGCCGGAUCCUCGUACCACCAGCAGUGGCUGCACCCCGGCACACAGGUGGAGCUGCUGCAGCAGCAGACUCAGGAGCAGGUGGUGUACGUGCUGCGGGUGGAGAGAGCCUCCCUGCAGGACGCGGGAGAGUACCAGUGCUCUGUCACCAACACACUGACCGCCCAGAGCCACAGCCAGACAGCCACCAUCACCAUCCACCCGGAGAGACCCACGCUCACUCUGGAGCACAGACUGGCGGGCGUGGAGUUUGCGGAGCUGCAGGAGGAGAAGGAGCUGAGCGUGUUCAUCGAUGCGUAUCCUGCACCGCGAGUGCUCUGGCUGAGGGAUGGCGUUGUCAUCGACAACAGCGACCCGAUGGUGUUCAGCAAGACGAGGCACAUCGGGGGGAUAAGGUACCAGAGCACUCUGACUCUCUCUCGCCCCACGGAGGACGACAGCGGCAACUACAGCCUCAUGGCCUCCAGCGACAGCAGCCCCUCCGCCCAAACCUCCUUCCUCCUCCGAGUCAAGACCCCCAGCCAGCCGCUCCAGCCCCUGGCCCUGUUUCCCCCUGCGAUCGAGCCCCAGGGGGAGGAGACUGUGGUGCCACUGCACUCCCCCUUCAGGCUGCGCUGCCGGGGGGAGGCGGAGCUGGCCUGGGACACGCCCACCCUGCUGGGCCCGGACUGGGAGGGGCCGGGGGAGGACAACAGCGGCCUGUUCAUCAGCUCCGUUACCGUGGAGAAUGCCACAGCCGCACACUCCGGCUUCUACACCUGCUACUACACCUACGCCAACAACACUGACCAUGAGCUGGAGGCCAGCUCCAUCUACGUCUAUGUGCCAGACCCCGAUGUGCCAUUCGUCCCUUCGAUGGUUCCCUUCGGCAACCACGUUCUGACCAAUCACGAGGAGAUGGAGAUCCCGUGCCGCGUGACAGACCCCAGCACCAACGUCACCCUGAUGAACGUCGACACGCAGAAGGCCGUGCCCAGCCAGUACGACAGCAAACGCGGUGCCGUCGGCUUCUUCACCUCAGGAACCUACGUCUGCCACGCGCUCGUCAACGGCCACGAGCACCUGAGCGAGGAUUACAUCGUCCACGGCUGGACAGGAGGUUCUGGGCUGCAGGUGGACCUCCAGGCCCCCAGGGCUGCGUUGUUAGUAGGGGAGAGUCUGGUGGUGACAUGUGUGGCCCGGGGCAGUGAGAUGCUGGAGGACAACUGGAAGUACCCAGGAAAGAGGGCGCAGCGGGGGGUGAAGACGGUGCGGGAGAAUAAGAAGGAGCAGGAGAUCCGCUACAUGCUCACCAUCCCACAGGCGUCUGUCAAGGACAGCGGCCUCUACGCCUGCUCCAUCACCGACAUCCUGAGCAACGACAGCCAGACCCGCGAGCUGAGCAUCACUGUGUACGACCGGCCGUUCGUGUCUCUGGACCCCCUCUUCAGGCAGGCCCAGUUCGCCGAGCUCGACGAGGUGAAGGAGUUUGCCGUCACCGUCAGUUCCUUCCCCGCCCCCAAAGUCACCUGGCUGAAGGACGGGGCGGUGCUUAAUGACAUCAGCGCUGAGAUCACCAACAGCCUCCAGCCAAUCACGGAAACCAGGUUCCGGAGUGUUCUCAGGCUGAUCCGAGCCAAAGAGGAGGACAGUGGCAACUACACCAUCCGAGUCGAAAACGGGAACCAAUCACAGACUUUCAACUUCACACUGCAAGUAAAAAUUCCCGUGGCCAUUGUGGAUCUGAUGGAUCUUCAUCAUGGCUCAGCGUCAGGGCAGUCAGUGGUCUGUAUAUCCAGAGGCCUGCCCAUCCCGGAGGUAGAGUGGUUCACCUGCAGCAACAUCAAGCAGUGUGCUAACGACUCCUCCCAGUGGACCCCCCUCCCUGUAAACUCCAGCGAGGUUACCGUGGAGACGCACAUCAAUGAGGACAACAACCUGGAGAGCCAGGUGAUCUUCGCCAAGCUGGACAGCACCCUGUCGGUGCGCUGUCUGGCCCGGAACGAGCUGUCUGCCGUCAGCAGGGAGGUCAAACUGGUGUCCAAUGCCCUGCAGUCGGAGUUGACCGUGGCGGCCGCAGUUCUGGUUCUGCUUGUCAUCGUCAUCAUCUCCCUCAUCAUCCUCGUCAUUAUCUGGAAGCAGAAGCCGCGUUAUGAGAUCCGUUGGCGGGUUAUUGAGUCCAUCAGUCCGGAUGGUCAUGAGUACAUCUAUGUGGACCCCAUGCAGCUUCCCUAUGACUCACGCUGGGAGUUCCCCAGAGACGGCCUCGUUCUGGGGCGUGUGCUGGGCUCUGGCGCAUUUGGGAAGGUGGUGGAGGGGACGGCCUAUGGCCUGACCCGCUCCCAGCCUGUCAUGAAGGUCGCUGUCAAGAUGCUAAAGCCAACAGCUCGCUCCAGCGAGAAGCAGGCCCUCAUGUCUGAGCUGAAGAUCAUGACUCACCUGGGACCCCACCUGAACAUUGUCAACCUACUGGGCGCCUGCACAAAAUCAGGGCCCAUCUACAUCAUCACAGAGUACUGUCUCCAUGGCGACCUGGUCAACUACCUGCACAAGAACAGGGAGACCUUCCUGAGCCGACACCCGGAGAAAGCCAAGAAGGACCUGGACAUCUUCGGCCUGGACCCAGCAGAUCAGAGCAGUCGCAGCUAUGUGAUCCUGUCCUUUGAGAGUAAGGCUGACUACAUGGACAUGAAGCCUGCUGACGCCACACAGUAUGUGCCCAUGCUGGAGAUGAGUGACUCCCCCGUGAACUACGACCGCCCCCCCUCCCACAAGGACAAGGCUCUGAGCGAGGGAGAGGGGCGGGGCCUGCUGGAUGAUGUCACAGAGGGUCUGAGCACCAUGGACCUGCUCAGUUUCACCUUCCAGGUGGCCCGCGGGAUGGACUUCCUGGCCUCCAAAAACUGUGUGCACAGGGAUUUAGCAGCCCGGAAUGUGCUCCUGUCACACGGGAAAAUUGUCAAAAUCUGCGACUUUGGCCUCGCACGGGACAUUAUGCACGACAACAACUACGUCUCCAAAGGCAGUACCUUCCUGCCAGUGAAGUGGAUGGCUCCUGAGAGUAUCUUUGAUAACCUGUACACCACCCUGAGUGACGUGUGGUCCUACGGGAUCCUGCUGUGGGAGAUCUUCUCUCUGGGUGGAACUCCCUACCCUGGCAUGGUUGUCGACUCCAGCUUCUAUAAUAAGAUAAAAAGCGGCUACAGAAUGUCCAAGCCAGAGCAUGCAACCAGCGAUGUGUACGAGGUGAUGAUGCGUUGCUGGAACAGCGAGCCAGAGAAGAGACCUUCUUUCCACAGCCUGAGCGAGACCGUGGCCACUCUCCUCCCCUCAGAGUACAAAAAGAGCUAUGAGCGUGUGAACCAGGACUUCCUGAAGAGUGACCACCCUGCGGUGACGCGUGUGUGCGUGGAGGGCGAUGCGUAUGUGGGCAUGGCCUAUAAGAACCAGGGCAAGGCCAAGCUGCGGGAGAGUGGGCUGGAGGAGCAGCGUCUGAGCUCGGACAGCGGAUACAUCAUCCCCCUGCCUGACCUGGAGCCCCUCUCCGACCACCCCCACAGCAAGAGGAACCGCCACAGCUCCCAGACGUCGGAGGAGAGUGCGAUAGAGACGGGGUCCAGCAGCUCCACUCUGCUGCGGCGGGAGGCGGAGACUCUGGAGGACAUCCAGGACCUGGAGCUGGAGGAGGAGCUGGAGGAGGAUAGCUUCCUGUAGAGAGAGAGGCCCCGCCCCCUGCAUCAGGCCCCGCCCCCUGCCCCCAGCCUUAGACCCUGUCUUCUGCUCAAGGCCCCGCCCCAUGACUGA